GGACCCAACCUACGCAGUAAGCUGGUUUGACUUUGGGUUGGUUCCAUUCCCACCACGCCUAACCUCCGCUCGCACCGCCAACUCCCGCUCCUGUGUAGGUUUCGGUAUUCCCUGGCCGCGCGGUAGCAAAUCUGACCUCUCUGUCUUCCCACCCACAUAAACCACCUACCUCACUGGACUGCUCCGCCGCCCGUCGCGCCGUUGUCGCCGGUCCCUGUUUUUCCCUCUGUUCUGUCCUUCCUGGUCCCUCCCGCCUUUCCUGCGCUGGGCUGCAUAUCCGUACGCAUCCUUCCAAGAAAAGAUACGGUGCGCGCAUCGGUGCUUUACUUCUGCCCUCGCCUUACCUAAGGUGCUAUCUCGACUGGACCUUAUUCCGACUUCAUUCCGUUGCCUUGCAUCAUCCGCCAAAUUGAUCUGCCGUCAACCUCGACCCUCGCCUGGUGCACGGCAUCGUGUCCAUGAUCGAGACACCUACCCCACCAAACGUGUUCGAGCCAUGGCAAAUGUCUGCAAGGAUCAAGUGCGUCUGCCCAAAAAUGUCCUCUGCCCCCAGUCCGGCUUCGCGCCAGGCCCCACGCGAGCUCCAGUCCUUCUUCUUUGCCCGCCUUUGUCUUCUCUCCACCCCGCUCAGACAGCCCAAGUCCUGAAUUCCCCCCCGUCCACACCCAGCGCGCGCGCGUCCAUACCAUGAAAACGACCUCGACGACAACUCGAUCAUGGGCUUUGGAUUUGGCUGACUCUGUGCAGACGUCGUAACGUCGACCAAGGGGGCGAAACUUUCUUCCACCGAAACUACUGAUCAUGGCCACCUCGCGAUACCCCCAGUCCGACCUCCGUCGACAAGUUGGGUCGCCGAAACCCAAAAUCCGAGAAAACAAAGAGACCUUAUGCCGAAACGUCAUGAUAUACGGACACUGCCGAUACGAGAACACCGGUUGCGCCUUCAACCACGACCAGAAUCGUUCCAACUCGGUCCAGAAUAGUCCCGGAGGACAGAGCAACCAAUCUGAUUUCGCGAGAAAGGCCCUCAAUGUCGACUCGCCUUCAUUCACACCCGCCGGUCUGCCCUCGGUAGCAUCACCGAGUGCAAAUACGAUAGCGGGCUCCAAGAAAUCGACAUUUUCUUCCCAGGCUGCGAGUGCAGCCGUUUUUACUCCCAGAGGAGCAGGCUCUGCGACGCCAGCCGCCGCUCCAGAUGGAGAAGCGGCAUCGACAGUAUUUAACCCUGCUACAUUUCGAGAAUUUACUCCAUCAAACUUUGAGUUGAGCACUGGCAUCACUGCCAAUGGCUCAGCUUCCGAGACAGGGCUCUCAUUUGACCCCUUUGCUAUGCCCAAUGUUGCCCAGCCAUUACCGGCCACACCUUUCAACCCUUAUGCCGAUGAUCCUACCGGACUUGCUGGCUCAGGGGCCUACUUCCAACAUCAAAAUGCUUACACAGCCCCGCUUCAACCGCUCCAAUACCAUCUGUACGCACCGGUUGGGCCGUAUCGAGACGAUUUAAUGCCGUUCCAAAGGCAAAUCCACGACUUCUUCUUACCUGAGAAGAUGCGCGAGGAGAUGCAACGCAAGUCCGAGGCCUUGCAGCAGGUCAUGCCAAACUCGACACUACCUCCGUUAGACAACUACUACUCCCUCGUUCCCCUUGAUACCAGUCAUCGGAAGAGUUCCAGCGUCUUUGGCUACACCACAUGGGUGUACAAGGCUACAUCCUCGAAGAACGGCAAAACAUACUGCCUCAGACGGCUUGAGGGGUACCGACUAACCAACGAGCAAGCUAUUCGCUCUGUCAAGGAGUGGCGAAGGCUCAACAACGGCAAUGUGGUGGGCAUUCACGACGCCUUCACCACUAGAGCAUUUGGCGAUAGCUCCCUGUUCUUCGUACAAGACUACCAUCCCCUCUCCAAGACACUCGCCGAACUUCACUUUUCUCAACCAGCUUCCACCCACGGCACCCGCUUCAGCGCAAAGAACCCCAUAACCGAAAGCGUCCUAUGGGGCUAUAUUUCCCAGAUAGCCAAUGCCUUGAAGGCCAUCCACACAUUGAAUCUGGCUGCGAGAUGCCUUGAUAUGAGCAAGGUCAUUGUGACGGACAAGAAUCGCAUCCGGCUGAGUGCCUGCUCUAUUUUGGACGUCGUUCAGUUCGACAAUCGUCGGCCCGUUCAGGAGCUGCAACAAGAGGACUUGAUUCAUUUCGGGAAACUCAUUUUAUCACUAGCUACUAACACGCCGCCGAACCAGCUCACGAACCUCAAAGGGUCGAUGGAACAGAUGAGCAGGGUUUACUCGAAAGAAAUCACGGAUACUGUCUUGUGGCUUCUGACUCCCUCUCAGGUUGGUGCCACGCCCAAGGGUAUAGAAGAAUUUGUCCGGGGCAUUGCAGUCCACAUGGUUGCCACGCUGGAUGCCAGUUUACAGGAAGCGGACGCCCUGAAGUCGGAUUUGUUCCGCGAACUAGAAAACGGCCGCAUAGUGCGCCUCAUGGCCAAGCUUGGUGCCGUCAACGAACGCCAGGAAUUCGACGGCGACAGGAACUGGUCAGAAAACGGCGAGCGGUACAUGCUCAAACUAUUCCGGGACUACGUGUUCCACCAAGUCGACGCGAACGGGAACCCCGUAGUAGACAUGGGCCACAUUAUCCGAUGCCUCAACAGGCUGGACGCCGGCAGCGACGACCGAAUCUGCCUCACGAGUCGAGACGAGCAGACGAGCUUUGUCGUCAGCUAUAAGGAGCUGAGGAAACAGCUCGGCAACGCUUUCGGGGAGCUUCUCAAGGCAGGGAAACAGACGUCGAACCGAGGGUUCCAGGGCACCUCUCACUAGAACGGGGAGGGCUGGGAUUGCCACGGUCACGACAAGGAUCGAGAUCACGAUCACGAAAGGACGGGGAACGAGGCUUCGACGUACUUGAAUUGCAAUACAAGGGGCUGCGUUUCGAACGAUGCGAGAAACCACUACGGAGUGUGAUGACUGACCUCGCAUUGCUUUUGAAACGUUGGACUACGGAUGAACGAACGGUUGGAACGGCGCGUGAGACGACGAGUGGACGCAAUGUGUUCACUCGCUUGCUUGCCAGGUUUGAACGUAUAAGAGGAGCGUAUAGGAGCCUUCGGAGUGAGCAGAGAAGGAAUAGAGAAAGGAGAG